ACCUUUACAACUUUCUCUCUCUAAAGAUUUUAAAAGCUUUUUUCUUUCUUUCUCUAUACUCUAUAGAAUACGAUGGCUGAAACAACUCCAAUCAAGCGCCACCGAGAAGAAGAAACUCUAGCCGACGAAGAAGCGACAAAGCGACAGAAGCCUUCUUCUUCAUCUUCUUCCUCUUACAACGACCAGAUUCUCUGUCUCCUCGACGAUUCAGACGAACUUAACCGACCCAACAAUGACCUAACUUCCUUUCUAAACGCUCUCCAGCAAGAAAUCUCAUCAGAUGACAAAAACGCUGCCGUUUCUGGAGUCUCCAACGUUGAAGAUUCGUCGACUUCCUGCGUUUCUUGGAAGGAAGACGAUGUUGAUGAUGAGAACAAUGAGAAAGUGAUACAGCAUCUUUUGGAAGCUUCUGACGACGAACUCGGGAUCCCUACCACUGGUUUUGGCGAGAGUAAUUAUGACAUGAUUAAGAAUGAUAUUAAUCAGGAUUACGUAUAUGGAAAUAGUUUGUUAGAUGGGUUCGGUGAUGCGUUUUGGGAGCUUGAAGAUGAAGCUGCUAAUUAUUAUACAUUGCUGCAAUCUGAGUUGUUCUUGUAGAAAGCCUAAUGGUAAAUCUGGGGGGAAGUAAAUCUAGAAGAAAAGGCCAGUUAUAAGAAAAGUGGGUCGUUUUUUUGUAUGGAUAUUAAAUUUCAUUUUUAAGGCACACUUCUUUUGUUUUGGCGGAACGAAA